UAUUGUUAUACAUGAAUAAGUUAAAGAUUUCUCUCUGCCUUCAAGUGUGUAAAUUGACUAUCUUUGGCGAAAUUUAUCGGAGACAACGGAAACGGAACUACAAACUCUACAGUAAGUUUGAAUUGAUUCUGUUAUGUUUUGAAUUUAUCAGUUCGUAAAUAACAUUAUCUUUCACAAUUUUGACAUUCGCACAAUAUGUCAUACUCAAGCAAUUUCAGAAAUGUUUUGGGAAGAAAUGUAUCAUCUUCAACAGGAGGCAAUCAGAGGUUCCAGUCUAACUUUGUUGGAAAUCCACACUUUCAAUCAAAUUCCUCAACAAUGGGCUCCUCUGCACAGUCAAGAACUCCAAUGAUCUACCCCCAACAAUUCAUGACAAGGAACCAGCUUCCUGAAUCUGAACCCAUGUCAGAAUGUUCUGAGUUGGCCAUGGCGGGAAUGACAAGAUUCCCAUCAACUCCACUCCACCGAACGAUGCCUCAAGCAGGACUUCCUCCCCCUCAGCAGCAAAGAGCCAAUCAGAUGAGGGAGCGGGAUGCCCCGUACAAACGACCAGUCUCCGCAUAUUCACUGCCACCUCUAUCCCCCCGCUCUCUGCCACCACCAUCCCCCCGCUCUCUGCCACCUUUCACCCCCCAUUAUCUGUACCCCCCACCCCCACAUAAGUUCCUCCCCAACUACAAUCCUGACCAGUCCUUCGCAAUGCAGACUGUGGCUUCUACCUCGACAUGUGUGGUACCAGUGCAAAAUUCCACGGCCGGGAAAUCCAGCAGCGGUUCCAAGAAAACCCCUUCUAAACCUAAAAUAAGUUCAGUGAGCCGCAAGAGAUUCUUCAUCGGCUCCAUCGAUCAGGUGGUUCGCUGGCACAAGAUGGCCAAGGAGGCACAAUUGUAUACCAUUUAUGAAAUAACAGCUGUGUUGGACAGUGUAUCUCUCAGUCCCACUGGGCUAUACAGGAUGAUUCUGCGCAGUGAACAAAGAAACGGGACGUUGCCUUUACAAGCUAUAUUCUACCCGAUUGACCGAGAACUUCCCAAAAUAAAUGUUGGAGAAUUGAUCACCUGCGUAGGUCAGAUGGUGGGCUCCAACAAACUGCAGGUGUACAACAUGUGGCAGGUCACCGAGAGUCUGGCAGGGAUCAAGAGAAUCUCCUUCAUCUGCCAGCGGACACUACACGAGACUCACGACACAGUCACAAAGUCUUAGAUACUAGUCAACACGAGUAGUAGUAGGUUUACACAGGUAGUUCUAUAGCAGUAAGUCAUACUCGUUCUGAUGGAACCACGUGAAGAGGGGCACCGUGAACUUUGUUCUUUACUCUUCGCUUUAGUGUAAAUGUACUGGGAUUUUUAAUUUUCCUCUCCCCACAAAAUUGUUUGUAGGAAAGAUUAAGUUUAUAGUAAGUCUUAAGUUUGCUUUCAUUAGCUGGUACUAUUUUUAUUACUUGGACUCUCUUUUGAAUUUUCAAUAAUACACAGUAAUUUGUAUAUAAAAUACAGUAUUUAGCUGCAUCAUUACCGAUU